CUGCUUUCGCUGGGACCAAUCGUUUCCAUUUCUUAGCUUCUGCCUUUUCGUUUCCCUUUCGCUUACAAAUUCAGCCUGCCUCUUUCUUUUAUUUUUUACCUUACUCCCCACUUUUUUUUUUUGACUUAUCAAUCGCCCAAAUGGUUGUUGCCAAUUUCGAAGCUUCUCAGGGUGAAUCGGUUCUCUUUGUCUCACCUGCUACUGUUAAUCAAGACGCAUUGGCAAAGGCUAAAGCCUCUGCUCAAGAUCAAGUCGGUGCCAAUGGCACUACGGCGUUUGAAGCAAUGGAACGGGUUGCUGAAGCACCCUUGGCCAAGGCGAGCUACAACAAGAUCUAUUCCAAUGCGAUCCCACCCACCAAUUCCGUACAUACACCUCAAGUUCUUUCACGAUUCCUUUCAACCCUCACAGCCAGUGGCUCGCUUGUUUUGAUCGAACCCGUUUUGUUGACGGAAUUGAGCAACUCCAUGUGUCCAGUGACCCGCAAGGAAGCUGACCUUGUUUCGCUUCUCAAGCUUACGGGUUUCGUGGACGUCAAUGUGACCCGUGUGGAGCCAGUGUCGGACGCGGACCUCGCCGAAUUCAUCCAAGCUUGGGGCGCUGUGCGUGUCGAGCAAGGUGUUGAGGCCUUGUCAGGCAAACUCGCUUUGGCCCAUGUCGAGGUGAAGAAGCCUGCUUAUGAAGUUGGCCAAAAGAUGACAUUAAACUUUCGCAAGAAAAAGCCAGCAACAACACCUGCAGAAACCAAAAAGUCUGUUUGGAAAAUAUCCGGCAAUGAUGACGACGAAGAUGAGUUGGAAGACGCCGAUGCUUUGUUGGACGACGACGAUCUGGUAAAGCCAAGCAAAGAGUCUCUUGUUCGUCCUGAUGACUGCGAAAUGACCGAUGGUCGUCGCAAGGCAUGCAAGAACUGCACCUGCGGCCGUGCUGAAAUGGAUGAAACCGAUGAGUCGGAUAAUGUCGUAUCGCUGGAUCUUAUGGAAGAUGACGGUGAUACCAGCGAUGAUGUGGUGGAUGUGGAUCCAACACCCAAGGCUGUUGGCGGCUGUGGUAGUUGUGCCCUGGGCGAUGCAUUUCGUUGCUCGACUUGCCCUUUCCUCGGUAUGCCAGCCUUCAACCCUGGUGAAAAGGUCACGUUAGGUGGUAUGUUUGAGAAAGAUGAUAUCGACAUCUAGAUCUAUCUAUCUUUUCCCAUUCCCCUCGCUGUACAUCUGUUUUUCUCUUCCUCCACCCCUUUCUCAAACAUUCCCCCAUUUGUUCCAUCAUCCUCCUGUCUUUGUAACUAGCAAAAAACUCUCUUAUCAUGCAAAAUUGCACCGCAAACCCCACACACAUAACAAUUCACACCUAUUUUCCAUCAAAGUUUCUACAUAUAACAACAACCCACGUUUAUUUGCAUCGUUAUACUUUUUUCUCUUAAUGUUUCUUCUACCUACACAGUAAAUUGAAAGCAGGUCUUACUCCUGUUUUAGUUUAUCAGAUUCUCUGUCGAGUAAGCUUAAGAGGGACGGAUGCACGAUUAUCAGU